AUGAUAUCCGGUCCCAUCUCUCCUCCAGCUUCGCCUCUAGAAAAUACCAAGUCCAAGCCUGUGGCCAAACUGAAUAAAGGCCACUCCAGAACCGUGGUGCCAGUAAAUAGAACCACCGACAUCAAACGGGCCACUUUGACGCUGGCCAAGGCGUUCCACGACUCCAAGGCCAACGACUACCUCAUGAAAAAAUUCGUGAAUCUGUCGGUGCACGAACCAGUGUCGAAAAUGCGUAUUAACGCAAUCCUCCACUACUUCAACACGGAGUAUUCAGAUAAGGGCGGGGAGAUUGUUGAGGCCAACGAUUUCGACGCCGUGGCUGUCUGGACUGCUCCCGGUCGCCAUUUCGACCAAGAGUUGACCAACGACCCGGUCUUCAACAAGAUCUUUUUCGAUGACCUGCACGACAAGCGCGAGGCGCUAUUGCAGGACAUCGACUGCUACUACCUGUUCAUCAUUGGCAAAGACCUCACGCAACCUGGCGUUCGCGGGUCCGUCAGAGCCAUUUUUGAACACUAUAAACAGAGAGCGGACGCCGAGGGCGUCGCUCUGGUCCUGGAGGCCAUCAACGAGCAUGCCAAAUCCGUUUACGAGUAUUUUGGCUUUAACAACUACUACACCUUCAACUACGGUGUGGGUGAGGUGGAUUCCAACGGUAACCCCGACCCUAACGGGGAAGGUUUCACGGGUUAUUUGAUGUUAUAUUACAAUGGUGACUUGCCAGGUGCAAAGGACAUUUAA